GGAGGAGCCCCUCGUCAUUGCACGAGCCUGUAGCGCUCGCCUCGCGCCGGCAGAGCUCAAGAGCGGAGCCUCACCUUGUACAUAGUAGCGCGCUCCGUCAAAGUGUGCGUCGCCGUACACGGGAAGACCGAGUAAAAACAAAAACAAGUUUUUUCCCCUCAAGAUUUUUGCACGGGGAAUGACUUGUAAAUGCAGAUUUAAGAAACAUUUGUACUGUGGAAGGAGGUGGAAUUUAUUCGUGCGUUAAAGAUAGAUUCAAGUCAGCGCCGCGCACAAAACCGGCAUCAUGGUUAUAAUGACGGACAGCAGCGCGGGCUCCCAGUCAAGUUGCGCCCAGGCCAGGCCACUGCAGGUCGGCUUCUACGAGAUCAUCAGAACCCUCGGCAAGGGAAACUUUGCUGUGGUCAAACUGGCCAGACACAAAGUCACGAAAACGCAGGUUGCAAUUAAAAUAAUUGAUAAAACAAGGCUAAACUCGGCCAACUUGGAGAAAAUCUACAGGGAGGUUCAGAUUAUGAAGCUGCUCAAUCACCCUCACAUCAUAAAGCUCUAUCAGGUCAUGGAGACCAAAGACAUGCUGUACAUCGUGACAGAGUAUGCAAAAAAUGGAGAAAUGUUUGACUAUCUGACGUCCAACGGAAGGAUGAGUGAAAACGAGGCUCGUAAAAAGUUUUGGCAGAUUCUGACGGCGGUGGACUACUGCCACCGGCACCACAUAGUCCACAGAGACCUCAAAACCGAAAACCUGCUGCUAGAUGCCAACAUGAACAUCAAGCUGGCAGACUUUGGAUUUGGAAACUUCUAUAAUGCCGGGGAGCCUCUUUCCACGUGGUGUGGAAGCCCACCAUAUGCUGCCCCCGAGGUCUUUGAGGGAAAGGAGUACGAGGGGCCACAGCUAGACAUAUGGAGUCUAGGUGUGGUUCUGUACGUGUUGGUGUGCGGGUCCCUUCCCUUUGAUGGAGACAGUCUUCCAGCUCUGAGACAGAGAGUGACGGAGGGCCGCUUCAGAAUACCAUUCUUCAUGUCACAAGACUGUGAAAAUCUGAUUCGUAAGAUGCUGGUUGUUGACCCAGCCAAGCGGAUCAGCGUGGCUCAGAUCAAGCAGCACCGCUGGAUGCUUGCGGAUCCCAGUGCACCUCACCAGACCCUUUCCCUGUCCCUCACUGACUACAACUCCAACCUGGGCGACUACAGUGAACCCGUCUUGGGUAUCAUGCAG